AUGAUUCAAGAAAUUGGUCAUGAUAGGAGGAAAUCUGAAGAUGGAAAGUUUACUCCUUUAUGCGAUUUUGGUCAAAAGCUUUCAGAAUGUCAAGAACAAUCAUUUAUUGCCGCUUUAAAGCGCUUUGUAUCUCGAAGAAGAAAUCCAACAGAAGUGCAUAGCGAUUGUGGCACAAAUUUUAUUGCUGCAGAUAAGGAAUUGAAAAGAGUAAUAAACUCCUUGAAGGAAAAUGAAUUGGUUAAUAAAUAUUGCUCUACUGAAGGUAUUAAGUGGAUAUUUAAUCCUCCCGCAGCACCACAUUUUGGAGGAUUAUGGGAAGCUGCAGUCAAAUCUACAAAGUUACAUCUCAAGCGAACCAUAGGUGAACAACUUCUAACGCAAGAAGAAUUUACGACAUUGCUAGCUCAAAUUGAAGCUUGUUUAAAUUCGCGACCUUUGUGUCCACUGUCUGAAGAUCCAUCAGAAUUUUCUGCACUUACGCCAGGCCAUUUUUUAAUUGGUAUCCCGCUAACUGCCUUACCAGAAGAAAGUUUACACGAUCAAAAAAUUCCUAUAUUGCAACGUUGGAAGCUUGUUGAGAAAAUGUUUCAAAGCUUUUGGAAAAGAUGGUCCUAUGAAUACAUUUCUAAUUUGCAACGACGUUCAAAAUGGUUGAAAGUGCAACCUAAUUUAAAGGUUAAUGAUUUAGUUAUCAUAAAGGAAGACAAUUUACCCCCCCGCUACGAUGGAAAUUAG